GUAUCUACAAAUGGCAGCACAUCGCCCCUGCCGGUUUCAGGGACCAACACUGACGUUGUGGUCGUUCGAUACAUACCAUAUACCCUCAGCACAGAAAUCAUGUCAGUCAACCCAGCUGGGGCAUGCAUUCUGGGUAUCUUUAUGCCAGUCAUUGCCACUUCUGUGGUGGGGGCACGAUUUUACGCACGACAUUACAAGAAUGCAAAACUGGGAGGAGAUGACUGGACGUCAUUGGCAGGGCUGGUUGGUCUUUGGGCAGUGUCUGGGCUGGUACUUGAUGGCGCCAGGAAAGGACUUAUUGGGGGACACUCAAAAAUGAAUCCAGUCACAGGCGCAAUGAUACAAACAAAUGAGAGCCCCAAUGUUCGAUACGCAUGGAUGAUUAUAUCUAUAACGACUCCAACCUUGAUGAUCACAAAAUUGAGCGUCCUGCUGCUGUACAGGAGAAUAUUCGCUGUUAGCGAAACUUUCCGCUGGUACAGAAUUGCUCUCAUUGUCCUGCUUGUCAUCUGGGGGGUCGGAUUCACCUUUGCCAAAAUCUUCCAAUGUGGCACGCACCCGACAGCGUUCUGGACCAACAAGUACACAUUUCUCCGGUAUUGCUCGGAUCCGGGCGGGCUCAAUGUAGCAAUGUGCUUGUCGGACGUCAUAUUCGAUUUGAUGAUUCUUGCGGCGCCCGUUCCCAUGAUUUGGAAACUUCACAUCAGCACUUUUCGGAAGAUCCAAGUGUGCGGAGUGUUUGCGCUCGGGUUUUUAUCCACGGCCGCAGCGGUAGUCCGGACGUACAUUGUGAGUUUUACUGCAUACGGAACGAAGUUGGGCUUCCGCGACGUGAUGGAAGAAAACACAAAAAUCGCUAUAUGGUGCAUGAUCGAGAUCGCAUCCGCACUCAUUGGCUGCUGUCUUCCUACGCUCAAGUCUCUGGUAAACGGCCAGUCACUUGCAAGUAUCGUCCACAGCAUCAGAUCGAAGCUCGUCUCGUGGAGCAACACAAAACGGAAUGAAAGUGACGCAGAGGAGGGCUUGGCUGAUGUACAUGGUCUCGAUGCAAAGGAAUACAUGGAUCUGGCAGUGAAGCAUUGA